AAGAAACUAAAGAAUUUUUUCAAUCGGCUUAUGAAAAGUUUUGUGAACGAAUGUCUUCGGAGGUGCGAAUAUUUGAUCCAUGGAUACAAAGCGCCGAGAAAAGUGCCUCAAUGAAUUCAAGGUGCGGCGUAGCGUCGUCAGCGAGCUGGACGGAAGAUCGGAAAGGGUCUUCGAGCGCGUCGUCAUCAAGGAACAUUGAACGAGAUCAUCUGAGCGUAGGAUAUCGAGAUAAACUCGUGUGAUCGGUGAGCCGUUUUACUUUUAAUCAGAGUAUAAAUUCAAUAUCAAUGAAAAAAGGUUUACGAGAGGAGCCAGCACGACAUAAACCUCCUGGUGCAAGUGUUUAAUUCACCGGGAGAGCCUCUUUCUAUCGAUAUAUUGUAAUACAGUGCUUCGACAAAUCCUGCUCGAUGAUGAGGCUAGUGUGAUAAUUCGAAUGAUCGAGUGAUCCUGGCAAAUAUAUAUAUAUAUAUACAUAUAUAUAUAGUGUGAUAGGUAUAUAUAAUUAUAUACAUAAAUAUUAAAGAAUAUAUAUGUGUAUAUAUAUAUAACAUACGUAGAUAUACAUAUAGAUAUAUGUAUAUGAAUAUCGGCGACACAACAAAAAGUGCGCGUGAGCGAGACAAGUGAACGUAAUAGAGAUAAAAAGUCUUUAAUGGAAGGUGAUUGGAUCGAUAUACGUGUGAGAGUGAUCUCGAAGCGAGUAAACGAAUAAAAAGAAAAGAAAUAAAGAAAAACAAGAAAACAAAGGAAUAAGGAGGCGUUUAAAAGUGGUGUGUUUUAUCGUGUUAGGUGGAUGUGUUCUCGGUGUGUACGUGUGUGCGCGCGUGUUGAAACUUUGAAUCGCGGAGCUCAGAGAUACGUAGAUCAUAAGUGGAUUAAGUGAAGGAAGAAUAAAGGGGUUGGAAUAAUAGUACGUAGAGGUGAUAGAGGUGAAAAGAAGAAGUAAGAUAAAAUAUAAAUAAAAAUAAAGAGAAAAUAAAAGAAAAAAAACGGCACGUGAAAGGAGACCGAGUGUGAUAACAGUGUGGAAACAGUAGCAUGAGUUCGUACUUCGCGAAUUCGUACAUCCCGGACCUGCGCAAUGGCGGGGUUGAACAUCCCCAUCAGCACCAGCAGCACUAUGGGGCUGCGGUUCAGGUGCCACAGCAGGGUCAGAGCGUACAGCAACAGCCUCAACAAGGCACCGAUCCGUGUGACCCCAGUAUGCUCAGGCAAGGCGUACCGGGUCACCACUAUGGGGCGACCGGAGGACAACAGGGUAUACCAUAUCCAAGGUUUCCACCCUACGACAGGAUGGACAUCAGAAACGCGGCGUACUAUCAACAACAACAGGACCACGGAAGCAUGGACGGUAUGGCGGGCUACAGAUCGACCUCACCUGGCAAUGGCAUGGCCCACAUGGGCCACACGCCAACCCCCAACGGCCAUUCCUCCACACCGAUCGUCUACGCUAGUUGUAAACUCCAAGCGGCAGCGGUCGAUCAUCAGGGCAGCGUCCUCGACGGGCCCGAUAGUCCACCCCUCGUCGAUACCCAAAUGCAUCAUCAGAUGCUCCCUCAACACCCCCAUAUGCAGGCACAACAGGCACCCCAUCAACAACAACAAACGCAACACCAGGUUAUGCAGGCACAACAACAACACAUGAUGUAUCAACAACAAAGCAAUAGUCAACAACCACCUACUGGGAUGCAUCCACAACAGGCACAACAACCGCAACAACAUCAGGGUGUCGUUGCAUCGCCGCUUGGACAACAGCAACAAGGCGCGCCACAAGGUGCGGCUAGUGCGAACCUACCCAGCCCUCUUUACCCUUGGAUGAGGAGUCAAUUCGAGAGGAAGCGAGGCAGACAGACGUACACGAGAUAUCAGACCCUUGAGCUCGAGAAGGAAUUUCACUUCAACAGAUAUUUAACGAGACGGCGACGUAUCGAGAUAGCUCAUGCACUUUGUCUUACGGAAAGGCAGAUAAAAAUAUGGUUUCAAAACAGGCGGAUGAAGUGGAAAAAGGAGAACAAGACGAAGGGUGAGCCCGGUUCGGGUGACGGCGAUACGGACAUUUCGCCGCAAACGUCGCCGCAGGGUUGAGACUGCGAAUGAAAUGAUCGGUAUGUAAAAGUCGAUGAUGAUUGAAAACGAUGGUUAUUAUGACGACGACGAACAGCGGUGAAGAUGAACGACGAUGACGAUGACGACGAGGUUGCCCGAGGUCUUCCAAAGAGCUUCUCAAUUCUCUCAGGGUCCAGCGACUCUUAUGUCUCCUUGCAGCAGCCGAAGGAGCAUCGAGCAGCAAGCACUACCUCCAAGCCCCAGAAACGAUGAAACUAAAAAAAAUAGACAAAAAUAAAAGCCGAGUUUAAGAGACCGACAGCAAGCCAAGAACCCCGAGCCCCUGUUCAACGUGAAAAGACCUCUGACCUUUGCCCCUUAAUUACCCCAAGAAACACUCACACUCAAACAGCUACAAAGAACACACAUACACACACAUAAACACACACUCAGCAAUGACGCUUAUCUUGUUCAUGUAAAUCAAGUUGCUCGUACCAAAAAGUUGACAAAGAUGUGGGUGCAUAUGCGGGAGUUUGCAAGGAUGGUGGGAAACGAUAGAAAAACAGGAGCAAAAAAGCAGGUGUUUUUUUCGCUUUCCUUUUUCGAGACGAGAGAGGCGUGAGAACCGCGUGUGUCGUCGAUUCGAAUAAAGUUACGGGAAUGCGCAAUGUGGCUCUAAUUGAGAUGUAGAAAACAAAAGAAAAAUAAUAAGGAAACGAAAAAGUAAAAAAAAAAAAAAAAACACACACACACACAAUAUUUAAUACGAUCGAAAGAUUUAUUUAAAAAAUUCGAAAUAAACAAAAGCGUGAAAGAGAGAAAGAGUGAGAGAGAAUGAGUACGAAAUCGACGAGAGCGAAGAAGUUUUUAAUGAAAAUGGAUCACCAUGCUAAUCAGAACCGCGUUAACCUCUAUUACGUUUAAUCGAAUGUAAUUUACUAAAGCCUAUAUUAGAAGUAAAAAGGAUUAUUAUUAUCAUUAUUAUUAUUAUUAUUAUUAUCAUUAUUAUUAUUAAUAUUAUAAUGUAUGUAAAAUACUGCAACGCGAUAACGUGUGAAAAUGCAAGUACGAGUGUGUGAUCGUGUGAUUGAAACAACGAGAAAAGGAGCAGAAAAAAAAAGUUGCGUUGAAAAAAAAUAGCCUAAAACUACGUUCUAUAUUAUUUAUUCUUCUACGUUCGUACGUGAUAAUUGUACGGUAUUGUACGUAGACGUUUUGUCGCGCUAUAAUGUAGAUAAAAAUGGAUAUUAGAUACUCCUACCCUCCCCCGCCACCAUCAACACCCACCCUUAAUAAACGGGGGCUUGUAGAUUGGACGUUUAUAGUACUUUAGACUUUUAGGUAGAUCUUAUAUUAUAGACUAACCGCGGCGGCUCGACGAGGUCAAAUAUGAGAUAAAGAUAGAUAAAAAAGAUUCGCGAUUCGUGCCAAUGCAGUGUAACUUCGAUAAUGAAAUGUACUACGGCCUUUCGCGAAUUCUCGUACUCCGAAUAUGUGAUAAUUUUUCAACGAGUAGAAUUAUUAUUCUCUCGAAUAAAAUAGUAACGAAGGGUGUCGAUGGAGCUUCGCAGUUACAAGCACUCGUUGGAUCGUUUUUAUUUAUUUUUUUUUGCUCAGUUAAAUGGAGGUUAAAAAUCGAGUUAUUGGCAUGAUAUUUUGAAGGGAAUUUUGCGGUUUUAUUGUUUCUUUGGAUUCGUGAUUGCCAGACUCGAGAUACUUUUUUGAAAUUUUUUUCGAUUUUCGUGCCUCGCGUAUACGGAGCAAUGAGAAAUCGGCGAAAGGACGAGCAAUUCGGAAAACAAAUCUCUCGUUCGAAAUCCAAAUGAAAAAAGAAGUAGAAGAAGAAGAAAAAAACCGAGCGCGAAUGUAAAAGAAAAUCCGUGUCGAAAAUGCGAUACCAGUGAAGAAAAAGUUAAAGUGCGUGAAUUAAACAAUUUAACCAGCAGCCGGUCACUGACCGCGUAACGAUCACGUGUGUAUUGUUUAGUGAACCGAAUAUACGAGAGCUGCUCACGUUUUCUUUUCAUCUUUUUUCGAGAGCUGAAAGUGAAGAAAAAAAUCUUACACGGACAUCGGAAGUGGGAAUUUCUGGCGAGAAGAAAUCUGAAGAAAUGUAAAACGUAAUGGAAAAAAUUGAACGAAUCGAAAAGUGUGUUAAGGACUUUCUCGUGGACGGAGAAGAGUCGCAUCGUACUGGUUUGUUCAUCGCAUCGAUCCCAACCAGAGACAAGGUCAGUCCUCAAAACGAAUCACAAAUUCACUUUAUUUUCUCGUAUUUUUGAGAUAUUUACCUUCACGAAAAGUGAUCGAUAAACGAGUUAGUGCUUCUCGAUCAUUUUUCCUCCCCUAUUUUUCAACCAGUCCAUGCAACUGUUAACCGUUCCACGCUCGAUCGCACAGUCCAAUUGUAAAUUACCGAUCGAAAUUGAAAAAAUUGAAAAGAUUGAGAAAAAAAAAACAAAAAAUGAUAGAAAUGUAAUUUUUAACCGCUGCGACGCGGACGCGAGGCCAAGUUACCAGUGACGUAAUAAGUGUAGUAAUAAGAAUGAUUUGCGGAAGCGCGUGGCACUUUCGAGGUCGUUGCUCCAUGCAUCUUGGGUUCAUUUAACAUUUGACCGUACUGAAUGUAACAAUGAAAACGACUAAAAUUGCGAAUUCACGGAAUUUCUCUAUUCAGAGCUGCGCUUUUGUUGUUUUGCCGAAGUAAAAAAAACAUGAUUUGUGUUGUAAUUACGUUGAGCCCGGUGAUAAUAAAACAAAGAAGGAUAAUGAAAUUAUCUCGUCAAGCCCGAAACGUUGAACCCGGAAGCAAGGAUUUUUGUACCAGAGGUCACUAAACCAAUUGCAUCACUCUCGUUUUUGUAAAUAUAUCGAUGAGGAAUAAUACGAUAAAAAUUAGCGAGACUGAAGAGAGUGCCAAGCGUUUAUUUCGCAUCCGCGCGAAUCCUCGAUUUCCGGAAACCGUCGAAUUUCUCUCGCGCGAGAAUUCUUUUUCAAUUUUUUCUUUUUUUCAUUAACGCGGGUGAAAGACACCAUUUCCGGGCUGAAUCGUGUCAACGGAAUGAAAAAAAAGAAUAAAAAAUAAAAUGAAAAAGUAAGAAUUAAUUUAAAAGUAAAAAGAAAACACGAUGCGCCGCGGCGAAUUCUGUGCUGUGUUGUAAAAUUAGUUCUACACUUAGUUUAUAUCGUCAUUAUUAUAUGAUUAUCGUUAUUAUUAUAUUUCAAUAACGCACGAUAAUGAAAUAAGGUAACGAAGAAUAUUAUAUAUUAUAAAUAAACGAUGAUAUUAUAUAUAUAUAUAUAUAUUUAAAAAAAAGUAACAAAACAAAAAAAAGAGAGAGAGAGAUGAUACUCGAAGUAUAGAGAGGGCUCGAUUGAGAGCCGGUGAGAAUUUCGUUUUUAGACGAUUUUUUUAGUUCUCAUCAAUCUCAACGAAUCCGAAUAUAAAAAUCCGCGUGUUUGUACGAGUAAAGCAUGUAGAAGAAGCGAAUGAUGAACCGAUAUAUACGUAAAACGAGGUCCAGCUCGAGCCUCAGAAAGAGAAAAAGAAAUAAUGAUAAAAUGGAACAAAAUAAACGAGCACGACCGGCCUUUCUUUCACGAGAGAUUUAUUUAUAUAAAAUUAUUGUGAAUCUCAUGCAAUCUCGUGAGUGUAAAAAUUCAAGUGAAAAACACAAUAAAAAAUGAUUUAAAAAAAUGGGGAAAAGAGAGGGAGAAGAAGCAGAAAAUAAAAACGCGAAAAUAAAGCUCAGUAACCAUCGCUCGUUGCAACUCGCGCGGCAUUCACAGUGCAAUUUGAGUAUCUUCUUCCUUGGUGUACGGCGUGAAAAAAUGAUAUUUUACAAUUCUUCGAUAUUUGGAAGAUAAAUGGAACGAGAAAAACGUAAAUAAAUGGAUAAUCUUGAGGCAAAAGACACGAUGAACUUACGAAUUUUUUCUCGUCCUCGAUAAACUCAUCAUUUCAUUCCAUUUUUUGUUUUCCGUUAUUCCUGGACCGAUUUGAUCAAACCUUUUAUAUUAUUGAGCCGCCUAGUACGUAGCUGAAAACCGCCACUGUAAACAAUCGCGAAACAAUCGCCUCGAUCUAAUCUAUGUGGGUCGAUUAAUGCCGGCUUCAAAGUGCAGGGUGCGGCCACCGUCUGUGUUUUAUAUAUCAAUCCAGAGAAUUCGCUGUUGCAGCCUCGCGAUCGUCAAAGAGAAGGGGAAAUGGCAACCACCUCAGGGCAACGCGUUGCGUUAUUCUUAUAUAAACAAAUCACGUAUUUCAAUGUCCUCGUGCGCAUGACGAAUCAAUUCUCUUUGUGUUACGUCGACCAUCGACAUCGAUAAAGCCUCGAGCCGUAAAUUUUUUAUGGCGAAAAACCAUCCGCACUCUUUUAAAACCCUUGUAGCCAUGGGUCGUGUAGCAAGAUUUGGUGCUUGCAUUUCCCCCGGCUCCUCUAGUGCUCGAAACAAGUCGGCGAUAAAGUUCAAAAUUAUAAGCUUACCGUGUCUCGUUGCAGGGAGCGAUCGCGUCAAAAACCGAAAAUACGUAAAACUACGAAAAAAAUGCAAUUUUUCGAAAAAAAAACAAACAAACAAAGAUAAUUUUUCUAAAACAAUUUAAUUGGUUAAUUCUUUAGAAUAAACGAGAUAAAUAUGAACGAGCGCGCGUGUAAUUGAAAAUUAUAUAUUUUAUCUCUACUCGUAUGGUGUAGUUGCGUAAGGGAAAAAUUGUGGUCAUUAAUAUUGUUAUUAUUGUACAUUAAAACAAAAAAAAAUAAUAAAAAAGAAAAACGAAAAAUACGUAAUUCACGAAUUGUCGAUAAAGUAGAUUUUUAAAAACCUCUCAUGAUCUUAGAUAAAGAUGAAAAUAAAAUCAUCUAUAUCGUCAUUUCAAAUAAUAUGUAAAAGAAUUACCGUAAGCGGAACAUCCUCUUGCGUAAGAUUGCGUAGAAAUAAAAGGAAAAGAAAAAAAAUAAUAAUUGCAUGUGUCAGUUGCAGCGGGCGGGGGAAGAGAGUGUUCGAGAGAUCGAAUUCGACCGACUCUUUCCGGACCCGAACUUUAUUUUCUCUCUUUUUUUUGGCUCGAUAAUAUGUACGAGGGCGGCUUUGAGAACUAUUCCUGAAAGCGUGAAAAAUUAACACGAAAUCCGGAGCAACGAAUAACAUCUCGAAAAUCAUUAUCGCGUGAGCCUCUAGCGGAGCUGUACAUAAUUUCAUAAUUAAGUGGGAAUAUUAUAUAUAGCCCGCGUACGACGCGUCGGGGUCGUAACAAUAACUAAAAAUAAAUUAAAUAAUAUUAAUAAUAAUGAUAAUAGUAGUAGUAGUAAUAAUAAUAAUAAUAAUAAUAAUAAUAAUAAUAAUUGUAAUAAUUAUAAUAAUGCGAAACACACACAGACACACACAAAAAUUAAAACGAAGAGAAAUAUAAUGCGUCGUGCGAAUCAAGCUGUCGGACUCAUUAUAUUAUAUUUAGUUGCGUAGUAUUUAUUGAUAUAUUAUAUCAAUGUUAUUAUUUUUAAUGGACCUUCUCAUUCUUUCCUCCGUUUUUUUGUUUUCACCGAAUUAUUAUCAUGUGUAAUAAAUAUUUUUUACAACGCAACGACGUUUUGUUUUCUUCACGAUAUUCCGAGCGCACGACGAAUUGAAAAAUUCUUAAUUUUUGUUGUUUUUCGUUAUUUUCAUUGUUUUUUGUUUCUGUUUUAAACAUUUUUUUCGAGCAUCAUACGAAAUACGUCGGAAAUAAUAUUGCAAGGUUGGAGUUGAGCUGCGUGAAAGAUUUUUGGAAAAAAUCGUCGAAACAGCAUUCGUCGGCAUCGUCGCAAUAUCCGAAGGCUUCCUCGUCCUGACCGUUCCGUUCUUGUAACUUCGUUCAUCGAGCUUUUUCCAUUGAUUCGAUUGAUUUGGUAAUUAGUGAAGUUCUCAGGCGGCACCGAGCACUGACGUGCCCAAAGCGAAAUUAACGUGAAAAUAAAAUUGCCGAUCAACACACGCUUAACAGCCUCCUUUAUCGAUCAUAAGUAUAUGAGAAAAAAAAUCGAGAUUACAUGAACUUACAGCUAAAAAAGACAAAGACUGAACAAUGAUUUGGCGAUGCUGUUGGUGUGGCGAGGGAGGGAAUAAAAGUGAAAAAAGUGUAGCCGGCUCGUACGAGAACGCGAGGAGAAAAACUGGACAAAUUGGAGGAAUACGAAAGGGAAAUUUUUGUAAUCGACAGGGAUAAUCUUCGAACAGCCACGACGUCUGACGUUGCCGCGUCGAAUUCGCGAGCCGCGAAACUCCGUAUACGAUACCGCGUAGGUAAAGUAGGUACCUGUUUUUUUUAGAAUUAAAAACAAAUAAAAAAUAAUUAAAAAAAAAAAAAAAAACAAGCAAAUAGCGUUUAAAGAGGAAACACUGGGACGGGUGUACUCGUGAAAAUUAUUCGACUAUUUAUUAAAUACUUUUACGAUAGCGAUUAGGGAAGGAUGAAUCAGUCUCAAUUUUACAUAUACUCCGUGAGCAAAGAGAAAGUAACUUAAAAAGGUACUGGAUCGCGUCGAAUAAUGGGGCGGGGGAUUCGAUGUACUUGUGCAAAUAUAAUCGAUCGCGAAGCAAUGAUAUUUUUUAUUGAAUAUGAGGAAUGCCGGGAAGUGAAAAGGAAAAACGAAAAAAUAAAAAUAAAAACAAAAUAUUGAUAAAAAAUGAAGAGAUAAAUGACAAUAUAUUCGCAGCUUUGUUUGAUAUUCCUUCGCGAGGCCUAGUUAAAACUCACACUCGAGCCGUAUGAUCAGUGAAGCCAUAACGAAGACAAGAAAUCCCCGCUUAACCCAAAAACAAACGAUUUAUUUUUCCAAAAACGUAACUAAAAAGAAGGGGCAUUCUGUAUGGGGCAUGGAGUGAAUUACCAAAAUACUAAUAAUCGAAUCGUCUAUCCGAAAUCGUCGUGAGAGCCUCUCGAGAUUGCUAUUGAAACGGGGUGUGGUCGCGGUCGCGCGAGGCACGUCGAACUCGUCAUCUCGCUCAAUCGCGCAGGAAUCUCGUUAACAAAUGAAUUCGUGCUUCGUGAAUAAUCGUUCGUAAGAGUCUCGCCGCGAUUCACAACGCGAAUAUACUCAUGGCCAGCGGUUUCACGAAAGUAUAUUUAUUCGGGCUCACAAGUGCGUGGGUAAUUACAAUGAAAUUUCAUUCACAAAAUCACAGCCGCUAAAUAUAAAAGGAACGAGAAAUAAAGAUAUUCUCGGUGAUACCAAGACGCUGAAUAAGUACUCGCUAUACUUACCGGAAUGACUAAGUGACGAUGACGAAAUUAAUAAUAAUUAAGUAAAUGAAGAUAUUAUAAAUAAAUAAAACAAAUAUAUAUAAAUAUAUAUAUAUAUAUGUAUAUGAUAUUAUUAAAACGUACGGAUAAACCUAUAAAAAUAUUUUGUAGUGAUCCUGCAGUAUGUAAACUAAGUGUACACAUUAAAAACGUAUGCAAGUAUGAAAAUGAUUAAGUACCUCCGAAAAAAAAUACCUUUCGCGCACGCGAAACGAAAAGUAAAAUAUGGAAAAUCAUAAAACAAACGAAAACGUGAUGAUUUAAAUUCGAAUGGAUGACGCGUUCUUCCCACCCCUCCCCUUGUGUGCGUGAGAAAUAUUAUAGUCGUGCGUAAUACGUGUGUCAAGCGAGCCAUCCAGACAUAACGUUGCAGAGAGAGAGAGAGAGAGAGAGAGAGAGAGAGCGAGAGAGUGAGAAAGAGGAAAAGGGGACGAUGAGGAUGAUGAAUGAACGAUACUAGUAUUAAUGGCUACUGUGUCGACGAGUCUAAAACAACAACAACAACAAAAACCAUAUUGUAUUAUAUUUAAGAGUCUGUCCAUAUUAAUAAUAACGACAUUAAUUAUAAUAACUGUGUUUGGAAACGAGAAAUAAAUUGUGGUUGAAUAUGAA